AUGGACGCUGUGGACCACGAAAGCAAAAGAUAUGAUAACUUCAUACUCUAUAAAGCGACUCCCGUCGAACCAGAUCACUUGAUAUUCUUUCAGAAUCUGGACCGCAAAAAAUAUAUCGAUGUUGUGUUUUGGAAGAAGCCAAACAAGUUGUUCGAAGACGUCCACUUUAUUGUGAACCCUUCAGACAAGGAGCUGCUAUUGGAGAGAGCUCAACAUUUUAAUUUGGACCUAGACGUGCUAUCGGAAAAUAUUCAAAGAGCAUUCGACAGUCAAAUAGUAAAAAAUUACCUUCGAUUACGUGUAGAAUCUUAUAGCUGGACUAAUUACCACAAUUUAGUGGACAUCUAUCAAUGGCUAGCAGAUUUAGCUCUGAAAAAUCCUUCCGUAACAGGACUUAUGUCUAUUGGAAAGUCUGCGGAAGAUCGAGAUAUAUUCGUGAUUGGCAUUAACCGAUCGGGGGCAAAAUCUAAAGUUAUUGUCGAAGGCGGUAUGCACGGAAAUGAAUGGAUAUCUACAGAAUUCCUGUUAUAUUUGGCUUAUAAUCUGAUAAUGUCCAAUCGCACUGCGAACGAACGAUUGUUUGAAUUGUCUAAGAACUAUCACUGGUAUCUGUUACCUGUCUGCAAUCCUGAUGGAUACGAAUUUAGCCAUAGUGAAGACCGUUUGUGGAUGAGGAAUAGAAGGAACGUGGGCCAUGGAUAUUUCGGUGUAGAUUUGAAUAGGAAUUUCGAUUAUAAGUUUGGAAAGCAUAACAUAAUUCCCAAUUCAAAAGACGACAGCUACGGUGGACCGGUUCCGUUUUCGGAACCAGAAUCAAGAGUCAUCAGGGACUUUGUUACGAAGGAGAGCGAAGGCCUCAAAUAUUAUUUUUCGUUUCAUGCAUACGGUCAAAAAAUCGUAAUACCGUACUCGGAGAGCAAAAACAAUAUGGAGCACGAUGAAUUGGACCGUUUGUGGAUGAGGAAUAGAAGGAACGUGGGCCAUGGAUAUUUCGGUGUAGAUUUGAAUAGGAAUUUCGAUUAUAAGUUUGGAAAGCAUAACAUAAUUCCCAAUUCAAAAGACGACAGCUACGGUGGACCGGUUCCGUUUUCGGAACCAGAAUCAAGAGUCAUCAGGGACUUUGUUACGAAGGAGAGCGAAGGCCUCAAAUAUUAUUUUUCGUUUCAUGCAUACGGUCAAAAAAUCGUAAUACCGUACUCGGAGAGCAAAAACAAUAUGGAGCACGAUGAAUUGGACAAUUUGGGAAAACAAGCCAUCAUAAAAAUGUUUAGAACAAGCGGAGUGAAAUACAGCAUCAGCACUGGUUACGGUACGUCUACACAUUUUUUCUACGAGAUAACGGAACAUACGGCCACGCGCUACCCCCUGAUCAAAUUCAGCCUACCUGUGAAGAAGCCCUCAGCGGAUUAG